UGAAAAUUGUAAUACAAUCUGGUUUAUCUCAUUUUGUUCUGAAAUUUGUUGGAGCACUAGAGCUUUGUUUUGAUCAAGAAGAACCUAAAUGGGGGAAUUAAGUUGUGAGCUACCAGACGAACUCAUGAGAAAAAUCCUUGUAAAGGUUCCUGCGGAGUCUCUAGUGCGAUUCAAAUGGGUUUCUAAAUCAUGGCAUGGCUUCAUCAAUAACCCAUCAUUUGCAUACACUCACUUGGUCCACCAUAAUAACGAUACAGUCUUGUCUUCCACAUCAAUACUUUUGAGUUGGUUUAGCGUUGAUUUUGCACGGCACAAUAAAAUCAAACCAAUACUUUCUUUAUUUAGUAACCCUGAGGCUGUUUAUCCUACCGAUUUCCUUAACCUCUUUCAUUCUAUUACUGAUUUUUUCGACCAUUUACCUCGUACCUAUUAUUGGGAUGAAAUGUAUGAUUACUAUCGUACCUAUCAUUGUAAUGGCAUCAUCUGUAUAGCUCAAAACUACAUGGAUAAAGGCAAAUCUGUUCUCAUAAAUCCUGUUAUCAGAGAAACCAGGAUUCUUCCUGAAUCAACCAUUCCUCUUCGUCACAUUCUUAAGACUCAUGGAGAGGGAUUUGGAUACGAUUUGAAUGCUAAUGAUUUUAAGUUGGUCAGGAUUUUUGGUCGUAAUCGUAAUUUUAAAUGUUUUGCCGAGUUGUACAACAUGAAUUCUGAUUCUUGGAAACGGAUUAAAAUUGAUGUGAAACUUGAUGAUACUUGUUUUCACCAUGGCAAAGGAGUGUUGUGCAAAGGAGUUUUUUAUUGGUUGAUGAUGUUAUUAACCCCUUUCCCUGACUUUGAGUAUCAAACAAUUCUUUCUUUUGACAUGUCUAAUGAGGAGUUUCACUCCAUGCCACUACUAGUAGAUGCAAUGCGGAAUGGGGAUUUUAUGUUUGAUAAAAGAGAAAAGUGCCUUGUAGAAUGGAAUAAAUCAGUUCCCUUGCUUGUGGUAGACGAAUAUAAGGAGAAUCUUCCUUGUUAUAUUCAAAUGUUUGUAAUGGAUGACUACAAUGGUGGUGAAUAUUCUUGGACCACACAUCCAACAAUUGGGCCCCUUGAAACCUAUCACUUUCCACUAAUAUUUAGUAGUACAGAUGAGCUUAUCAUGGUGAAUUCUGAUAAAGGAGUAGUGUCUUACAAUCUCAAGACCCAAACAUUAAGAGGCCUUCCCCUUCCUGAGGUCGAUAUGGGAACUUGUUUAUCCAACUUCUAUGUCAAGAGUUUGAUUUCUGUUGAGAAAAGAGAUUAGCCUG